UGACCGGAAGGAAGUCAAAUAAUUUUCCGACCCAGACUGUGGACAAAAUUGUUAUGAUUUCUAUAAUGGCAGGAGCGUAUUAGCUUGUUAAAAGCAAUAUCCUAUCCAGCACAAUUUUUUACUAGACUUAGAAGGAAAAUGCAUCAUUUGUCAUACCACUGUUAUGCAUGAAGAGCAAAAAAAUCAGCGAUACAAGGAAGUCACCGAACCAAAAGGCAAUUUGUAGUUUUGGUUGACUAACUGUAACCAUGCCAGGAGAGGUAUUAUCCUCCCUUGUUUGCUUUAACCCUAUUUCCUGCUGCAUUAUCAAUAACCUAAAUAUAUAUAUACUUUAUAUAUAAAACAAGGCAUUCUGGAAUACAAAAAAAUGGCUGCUUCAAAGAAAGGAAGUGUUAGGAUUGUCCGUAGGAUGAGUAUGGAAACGUACAUGGUCCGCGUUUAUGCAGGACAGUUAUGCACAGAUGAGUACACUUCAAUAGAAGCAGAGAAGACCACAUGUUCUGCGGAUAUUGUAGCAGCGGCGUGCCUUAAACUGAGACUAGGGGACCCUAAUAAUUAUGAACUAGCUGAAGUUUUCUCCUCAUCCGGUCAAUUAUGUAAAGAACGUAGAUUGGAGCCAUCUGAAACACCUGUCAGAAUACAACUCAUGUGGCCUAAAAUAAUGAAUAGUGCAAUUGAUAGAACUUCUGGAUUAACUGGUUAUAGGUUUUACAUACGAAAAAAAGAUCUGGAAAUUCCUGAUCGGACGUUGUCGUGGAGGGAAUGUUCACAAGAAUUAAAUGCAAUAGAAACCUUUUUAACUAGCUUUCUACAACAAGUAACUUGUAACAAGGAAUAUUCAGAUCUGUGCAACCUUCCUGAUCUAAAUGAGCGGACAUUGUUAGACAACGUUAAAUCACGAUUUCAGAAUUCAAAUAUCUAUACAUAUGUAGGAUCUAUAUUAAUAGCAGUGAACCCAUUUAAAUUUUUCCCAAUUUACAAUCCCAAAUAUGUUAAAAUGUAUCAGAACAAACGAUUAGGGGAACUGCCCCCUCACAUCUUUGCAAUAGCGGACACAGCAUUCUUUACAAUGUUACGGAAACGCAAAAAUCAGUGUAUAGUAAUAUCUGGCGAAUCUGGAUCUGGCAAAACUGAAACAAACAACUUAUUAUUACAUCACUUGACAGCCUUAAGUCAGAAAGGAGCCCAUGGCAGUGGAGUUGAACAGACUAUUCUUGGUGCAGGCCCUGUUUUAGAGGCUUUUGGUAAUGCUAAGACAGUACACAAUAAUAACUCCAGCAGAUUUGGCAAGUUUGUACAAGUCAAUUACAAAGAAAAUGGAAUGGUUCAUGGAGCUAUUGUGGAGAAAUAUCUUUUGGAAAAAUCACGAAUCGUCAGUCAAGCAAAAAAUGAAAGAAAUUACCAUGUGUUCUAUUAUCUCCUGGCUGGAUCAGAUGAAGAAGAGAGAGAAACAUUACAUCUACUGGAGCCACAGGAUUAUACAUAUUUGAAACAGAGUGAAUGUUUUAUAUUAGAUGGUCUUGAAGAAGAAAGAGUAGAUGAAAAAUAUGAAUUUGAAAGGUUAAAACAAUCUAUGGAAAUGGUCGGAUUUUCAACAGUAACACAGAAAAGAAUAUUUUCUGUGUUAUCAGCCGUUCUGUUGCUUGGAAAUGUAGAAUUCAAAAAAAAAGGUGAUCAACAUCAUGAUGAAUCUGUCACAGUGAAAACAGAAUCCGUGGUACAAAUCAUUUCAAGUCUUCUAAAGGUGAAGGAGAAGACAUUAGUAGAUGCCUUGACACAGAAAAGAGCUACAGCAGGAGACGAGACAGUGUUCAUGAACUAUAAAAUGGAGGAUGCAAUAGCUACCAGAGAUGCCAUGGCAAAAUGUUUGUAUGGUGCUCUGUUUGACUGGAUUGUUCUGAAAGUGAACCAGGCUCUGUUAGCAAAACGACAUCACAGUGAUCAUCAGGGUAACUCUAUAGGAGUGUUAGAUAUUUUUGGAUUUGAAGAUUUCACAAAGAAUAGUUUUGAACAGUUCUGUAUAAACUACGCCAACGAACAUUUGCAGUAUUACUUUAAUCAACAUAUCUUCAAAUUUGAACAGGAGGAAUACAAGAAAGAGGGAAUUCAGUGGAAGAAUAUUGAGUUUAUAGACAAUACUGGAUGUUUAGAAUUGUUUUCUAAGAGAGGAACUGGACUUUUCCCUCUCUUAGAUGAAGAGUGCAAUUUUCCUGGUGCUACAAAUACCUCUUUACUGACUAAAUUUAAUCACCACAACAAAAGUUACACAUAUUAUCAAGUACCACAACUCAAAGAAGAAGCUUUCUUUAUUGUACAUUAUGCUGGCAAAGUCAAAUAUCAGAUCAAGGAUUUCAGAGAGAAGAAUGGAGACCAGAUCAGACCAGAAAUAGUCAGUGUACUGAAGAGUAGCUCACUCACAUUUGUUAGAGAAGUCAUGGGAAUUGACCCAGUUGCCUUACUACGGUGGUCUAUAAUUAGAACGUUGAUUAGAAGUGUAUUUGCCUUCACUGCUGCAGGGGAUAAUUACAGAACUUCUAAUAGCAGAUGCUGUUGCAAAUCACCUAGAUUAAGGAUAAAUACAAAUUCACAGAGAAGAGGAUCAGAUUAUUCCCUACCAGAUUCUCUCAUACCUAGUGAAAAUUUGCUCAGUGCACGAAGCAAAUCUCCAUUGCAUGAUAAAUCUGCAUGUAAUAAUACAAAAGAAGACAGCGGUUGCUUCGAUCCAGACGAUGAUGAUGCUUUCUUAGACAGUGAUCCAAGUGGAAAAAUUUGUCUUACAAGUCCAGGAUUGUCAAAAGACGAAAAUCUUCUCAUGCGUAAAGCUGAGAGAGUUUUGAAGAAAAACAAGUCAUUCCGACCAAAGUCAAAGCCGCCUACAAUGCUAAGUGAUAUAAAAACACUAAAAGAUAUAGCCAGUCGUACUAUGUAUGGUAGUGGUAGAGAUCCGUCUAGGAAACAGAAAUCCAGUGUCAGUGCUCAAUUCCAGUGGUCUUUAAAUAGACUGAUGUCAACGCUACAACAAGCUAACCCAUUCUUCAUCAGAUGCAUAAAAUCUAAUGCUGACAAGCUGCCUUGUACAUUUGAUGAUGUAUUGGUACUUAGACAGUUGAGAUAUACAGGAAUGUUGGCAACAGUCAAGAUAAGACAGUCAGGGUAUAAUCAUCGACUCACAUUUGAUGAAUUCAUUCAAAUGUACAAGAUAUUACUGCCUAAAGGAUUACUGAGUUCCAAAGAUGAUGUGAAAGACUUCUUAGAACAUAUGAAAUUUAUGGAGGAGAAUUAUCAAAUUGGAAUAACUAAGGUGUUUCUAAGAGAAACAGAAAAACAAAGAUUGGAUCAAGCCUUACAUGUGGCCAUCAUGGAAAGAGUAAUAAGAGUUCAAAGAUGGUUUAAAACAAUCUUUGAAAGAAGGAACUAUGUUAAGAUGAGAGCUUGUAUUAUAGUGAUACAGGCUUGUGUAAGAAUGUUCCUGGGUAAAAGAAAAAAGCUAAGAUUAAAACAGAACAUAUCAGCCUUGUGUAUUCAGCGUUACAUGAAAGGAUGGCAUCACAGAUAUACAUUUCUCAAGACGUUAUCAGCCACUCUCAUCAUACAGUGUUGGUACAGAGGUUAUAAAAGUCGCAAGAUAUAUAGGAAGCUGUUACUUGAGAAACAACUUGAAGAAGAGAAAGCCAAGCAAGCACAAAUAGAUGAUUUACGAUCCUCUAACAGUGAUGAAGGUAUUCUGACUAAAGGAUCCAGUGGUGAAGAACUAGAUGACAUUGGCAGAUCUCCUAGACGUGAUUCAUCGAGUAGUGGUGUUCAUGAUGAAGACUCAGAAUCUGAGACUGUUUCCCUAGAAUCAAAAAGUCGAGAUGGCUCGAUAGUAACCCCACCUCCAACACCCACUGAUGUUAAAAUUAUAGUGCAACCCACCAUUAAAAUAGAAGCAGAUGAAUACCUUAGACAAGACAAAAGAUCAUCAAGAGUUCAAGAUUUGGCCAGAUUACAUGAAGCAAAAGCAGAUGCCUUGAAAGAGAAUUCUGACACAGUAUCUCUUGAAAGAGGUCCAAUGAAGAAAAAGCCGAAAGUUAUUCCUGCACCUCUGGCUAAGCAGGAGUCGUUCUCUGAUUUGGAACCAACAUCACCCUCGGAUCAGUAUGUUACUUCAGAAAAGAAGCGAAUGGUUGAAGAGGCUCUAAAGAAGCCCCCACAUCUGAAAGACCAGUUGGAUGCUGAAUCUCCAUCAUCAACAUUUUCAUACACAAGUCCAUUAAGGAAGGCCAAAAUAUUUAAACACAAUAGAUUAAAGAACCUUUUGGGAGAUAUAAAAGAGUCUACUCAAACUUGUCGCAGAUCGUCUUUUCGAUUUCUUCAUCGGGACAAGAGUAAAAAACCAAAUCGUGAAGACAGUGAUGAAGACCAAAGUCCAACUAACACUGAUCGUAGACCACCAUUUGGACUUAUUGGAGGCAUACCUGUUCUUCCAGGGCUUAGACCAGAUCAGCUGUCCCCAACAUCUCCCAAAUCACCAACAGAUGCCAAAUAUUUUCCUGGUGUAAAGAACUUAUCACAAGAAGAUAUUCAUGACAAAAAGAAGACACCAAAACGAGGAAGUAGUCGACGAGAGAAAGACCAAAACGAUACACCUAAGCGAGGUGAAUCACCUGCGCGGGAUGUGAAAUUUGGAGAAAAAACAGAAUGGCAGUAUCCUAGUGAUCUUGUAAUUACAGAUUACAGAGAGUUAGCUGCCUUGGAUGAUUUUAUUCUGAAAAAGCUGAUUGACUAUAGCAAAGAAUUAAGUAAAAACAAGCAGAGUGAAUCUGUAUUUGAUGAUGUUUUCAUGAGGUCAAUGUCAGAAUUUCAUCUAGAAAUGCAGGCCACUUUGUCAGUUGAAAAACAGAAAGGGAAUAUAGACAUUCCAUAUAGAGAUCUUCUACAGAAAUUUGCUCAGAUGCUGGAGGCUACAUUAAAGAACAGGCACACUAAAGGCACUUUCCCAAUUACAAUGGGAGUUAAUGCAUUCCGUGGUUUUCUUGACGAGUUUAUCAAACAUAAACGGAAAGAAAGGAAAGAUGACCAAGUACCCAAAAAGAUUCGGAGAAGAGAUAGGGCCAAAAAAGAUAUUUAUGAGGUGAUGGGACACAAGUUUAUGUUAGUACAGUUUGGUAUUCCAACAUUUUGUGAAUAUUGUUCCAACCUUCUGUGGAUCAUGGAAAAGGGUAGUGUUUGUCAAGUGUGUAAAUACACCUGUCACAAGAAAUGUGUAAAUAAGACAACAACUAAAUGUAAAGGUGUUCAAGACAAUCAGAUUCAUGGCUCCUCGAGGCCAUUUAUUCUUCCUCCAAUAAUGGGUCCGAGAGGAAGGUCUCUCUUCAGACACCAUCAUAAGUUUGCUGGAACUCGUGUGUUUGGUGUACAGUUAUCUAGUUUAGUGUCGAAGGACAGAAAAGUUCCUGUGGUUGUGGAAAGACUUAUAACUGUUAUAGAGCUUCAUGGAUUAUAUGUAGAAGGAUUAUAUAGACGAGCUGGAGCUCAGGCAAAAGUCAAAGUGCUAAAACAAUUAAUAGAUAGUGGCAAAGAAGAUUUAGUGGCCAUAGAUACAACUGAAUACCAAAUUCAUGUCCUAGCAGCAGUACUUAAGGGCUUUUUCAGAGAUCUGCCAGAACCAGUAUUAACCUAUGACCUCUAUGAUGACUUCAUUAGAGCAGCAGAAAUUCAUGAUGAGAAAGAGAGAAUGCAGUCUUUGUAUGCAGUCAUUGAUAAACUGCCAAGACCUAAUCAUGAUCUGUUUGAAAGAAUUAUAUUUCACUUGGCUAGAGUGGCUCAUCAUGAAGAUGUUAACAGAAUGAGUGUCAAUGGUUUAGCCAUUAUUUUUGCUCCAACUUUCCUCAGAACAAACAAAAAACUUCAAGCGCAAGAAUCUUUGAAUCAAGUGCCAAAACAAACCAUAGUAAUUGAAAAAAUCAUCAGUGAACAAUUAGACAAAUUAAGAUCAACAUUAGAAGAUCUACAGACACUUGAGAGUGCAGAGAUUACUGCAGUAGAUCGGCUACAAGUCGUCAGAACAAGCAUGAGAAUCUCUAAGUCACCUACCAGGGAGAGAGCUGUAAGUCCUAUGAUACCAGAUGUUCCUGUAACUGAGGAAGAGGAAGAGGAGGUAGAGAUCUCUACAGAUGUGGAGGAGGAAGAGAAAGCUCUGAAAUCUCAUUUACGAUCAAUCAGAAAGGAAAAACAAAAUUUAACAUCAAAAUUGCCAGCAUUAGAAUGUCGACAUUUGUCAUCGGAUGAUGACAUCAACAGUACAGAUGAUGUUGACAGUACAUAUGAUACUGCUGAUGAUUUUGACGAGAGUGAAGAAUUUGCAAUGACAUUUGAACAUCCAGUCAGCCCACCAAAACAAUUAGAACAUUUGACAAAACGGAGAGCUUCAGUGCCAUCAGCCAAACGUCUUCCAACAAAAUAUCAGGCCAUAUUGGACAAACAAUCUGAUGAAGAAGCUUUGUGCAAACAAUCAGAAAAUAUAAAUUCAAACGACUUGUGUGAUAGCAGUGGUCAGUUAAACACACUGACCAAUUGUCAAAGUGCAUGUGAGAUGACACAUAGUAUUCUUCUUCCAACAUCAAUGGAAUCCAGUUAUGUUGCAUUACCUGCACGAACUUUAGACGAUGACGACGAUGAUGAGAUAAUGGUUUGACAACAGGAACCAUAAUCUAUAACGCAAAUGUGCCAAAUUAGUUAAGCCUUCAAAAUGUCUCUGCAUGAUGCUAUGUUAAGCUUUAAGAAGCUGAAGUCAAAAUGAAACAGAAUUAAAUCAAAAUAGUUUUAUGGAAGGUAAUUUUGGAAAGUGAUAUCAUUUAGUGCUUAGGCUAAAAGGAGCUAAAAGUUAGUGUUUCAAUACUAGUGACAUUUCACAGGAGAAGCACAAAUACCAUACCCAGCUGUGCUGUGGCUUAUGUAAUUAUUUAAAUUUAUUUUUAACAAAAUACGUGUUGAUCAUGUAUAAGCUGAUUAAUGUCAGUCUGAGAACAAAAUAAAACUCCACAUUUAAA